UAUCUAACGGGAAAUAAUGAACCCUCCGGUGCCCACCCCCACCACUCCUUUUCAGUUUUCUUCUUUCUCUUUUCCAGUUCUCCUCAACCCAACAGCACAGCUCCCUCUCUUUACUUGGGUUGCGUGCGCCCGUUCGGCGUAGAAAAGAAACCAUAAUCAUCCCUUUCGCUCUUCUCUAUUCGCGCUUCUUCACAAGCUAAGCGGAGAUGUCCCCAAACCCUCUCCACCGCGGCGUCUUCCUCGCCUUCUUCUUCAUUCUCCUUCUCCCCACUCUGCUCGCGCUGCCCCAGCUAGACCCAUCUCCGAUCCAACCGUUCCUCCCCAUCCAGGCUCCUCCAUCCACGAUCCCAGCCUUCCCCGAGCAAUCCGACCUCGCCGGCUGCCCACUGGACCUCCCCGACGAGCUUUUCCACGGCGUGCGUACCGCCUGUGGCGGGAAUGCCAACAACGGGCAUCCUUCGGGGCUGAAACGAAGCCGGUGCUGCCCGGUUCUAGCUGCCUGGCUCUACUUUGGCUAUUCUGCCACGGCGCUGGGCCGGGCUGCCAGAAUGCCCGCCGAGCGGUACGACCUGCCCCUUCUGCCCGAUGACUCGGAGACCUGCGUGGGCAACCUGGAAAAUGCGUUUAAGGGCAAGGGCAUUGAGCUGUUCCGGCCAAACGAGACUUGUGAUUUGGUGUAUUGCUACUGUGGUAUAAGGCUCCGGCCAUGGAGCUGCCCUGAGGCGUUUUCAGUGUCCAAGGAAGGCAAGCUGGUUGCAGGCAACACUGUAAAGAAGCUUGAAAAGGAUUGCUUCAACGUCAAUGGCUACACUAGUCUUUCUGGGUGCUCCAAGUGCUUGAAUAGACUCUACCAGCUUAACGAGGAGAAGGCCGGGAAUUCCAGUAAGCCAGUGAUAGACAGAAAGAGCAAAAUGCACAACAGAGACUGCGAGCUCAUGGGUCUGACGUGGCUGCUGUCUAAGAAUCGGACAGCCUACAUUUCUACGGUAUCCGCGGUACUGCGAGUUCUGAUGAUGAAUACAGAGGGGUCUGAUCCCCGGUCGUGUACUCUGAACAGUGAUGGGAUGCCCUUGGCCGUCGAUUCAUCUGAACUGGACGAUCCGUCUUCAGCCAACAUCCUUCCGUAUCCCCUCGGGCUCACCAUCUUGUCGCUUUCCUUGGCUUAUUAUGUUUGUAUCUUCUUAACCUCUCGGUUUUAGUUUUUUUUUUUUUCAUUUUAAUAGUUUAGGGUGGAGACUCAUUCACUUGAUCUGUAAUUUUGUCGCUUUCCUCUUCUCUGUACCAAUCAUCUGGACACAAUUGUAAUUUGAAAUUUUCUCCUUCUUUGUCGUUUGUUGAGAGUAGAAACGUGAUUAUGAAUGAAACAACCCGUUAGUCUUUGGGUUUUA